CCCAGUUCAUGAACUGUCACACACACUAAGCAACCCUCUCUGUUUCUCCUCACCAUCAUGACUGGCUCCUCUGCUUCUUCUCACAAGGUGCUCUCUUCAUCUUAGCUUUCUCACAAGGCGUUGAGUAAGAUAGCAAGCAAUAGACUUCAAAAGGAGUUGAUGGAGUGGCAGGUCAACCCUCCUCCUGGUUUUACACACCAAGUCACUGACAAUCUUCAAAGGUGGGUGAUUGAAGUGCAUGGAGCUCAAGGAACUAUCUAUGCUAAUGAGAAAUACCAGCUUCAAAUUGAUUUUCCUGAACAUUAUCCUAUGGAAGCACCCCAGGUGAUAUUUCUGCAUCCAGUUCCCCUGCAUCCACAUAUAUAUAGCAAUGGCCAUAUUUGUUUAGAUAUUUUAUAUGACUCGUGGUCACCAGCCAUGACUGUUGGCUCAGUUUGCAUCAGCAUUCUCUCCAUGCUUUCAAGUUCAACUGUGAAGGAGCAACCAGGAGAUAAUGAUCGAUAUAUUAAGAACUGUAGAAAUGGUAGAUCUCCUAAAGAAACUAGGUGGUGGUUUCAUGAUGACAAAGCUUAGUGAAGAGAAUACAAGCAUACAAGCAUCUCUUAAGCGUAAUCAUGUUCCGCUAAUUGCAAACAUGAAGAGACAGUGAUAACAGAUGCAGCUAUAAAGCGGUGAUGCCAAUUUUGGUUUGCCUGAAUCUGAAGAUCCCAUUUCUUGUUGGUUUCAGUCAACAAUCUUUUGAUCAUGUAAUUUAAUCAGUAUGAAAUCCUAUAACACAAAUCAUAUUAUGACACCAUCAAA